UCCCCUCUUCAUCCACCUUCCAAUUCGCGACGCCGCCUCUCCUCUUCCCCCUCCUCGCUCUCCUCCCGCUGCCGCCGCGCGCGCGAGAGGGGAGGGAGGGGCCGUCGGGCGGGGGCGGGGCAUGGACGCGCGGGCAGGGGAGGCGGCGGAGACCAGCGGCCGCGGUGUCGGCGGCGCCGUGCUGCCGCUCGCCGUGCGGGAGCUCCUCGCCGGAGGGGUCGCGGGCGGCGUCGCCAAGACCGCCGUGGCGCCGCUGGAGCGCGUCAAGAUCCUCUUCCAGACAGGAAGAGCUGAGUUUCAUGGUUCUGGACUGAUCGGAUCCUUCCGAACAAUCUACCGAACAGAAGGUCUUUUAGGGUUUUACAGGGGUAAUGGAGCUAGUGUUGCUCGAAUUGUUCCUUAUGCAGCUCUGCAUUAUAUGGCCUAUGAAGAAUACCGGCGGUGGAUCAUUCUUGGUUUUCCUAAUGUUGAGCAAGGGCCUGUUCUUGAUCUCGUGGCCGGAUCGAUAGCUGGAGGAACAGCUGUCAUAUGCACAUACCCUCUUGAUCUAGUUCGCACAAAGUUGGCUUAUCAGGUAAAAGGUGCAGUGAAUGUCGGUUUCAGAGAAUGUAAGCCCUCUGAACAGGUUUACAAAGGGAUUAUGGAUUGUGUCAAAACAAUAUACAGACAAAAUGGAUUGAAAGGCAUAUACCGUGGCAUGGCUCCAUCAUUAUAUGGAAUAUUCCCUUACUCUGGUCUUAAAUUCUACUUUUAUGAGAAGAUGAAAAGUCAUGUUCCUGAAGAGCACAGGAAAGAUAUCAUAGCAAAACUUGGUUGUGGAUCAGUUGCCGGUUUGGUAGGACAGACAAUAACAUACCCCCUUGAUGUUGUUAGGCGGCAAAUGCAGGUUCAGGCCCUUUCAUCAUCCAGCCUUGUGGGGAGAGGAACAUUUGAAAGCCUGGUUUUGAUAGCAAAGCAGCAAGGUUGGCGACAACUAUUCUCCGGAUUAUCUAUCAACUAUUUGAAGGUGGUGCCAUCAGUAGCCAUAGGAUUUACUGUUUAUGACUCGAUGAAAGUUUGGCUUAAAGUUCCAUCAAGGGAGGAAACUGCUGUUUCAGUCUUGACAGAAGAACGAAGUGAUGCAGCUCCUAUCCCCUCUAGUUAGAAUGAGUUUUAACUCUUUCGGUGCUGCGAUGCUCUUUUCUGCCUUUAACAUUCUUAAGGCAUUGUAGUAUAGCAUUCUUUCUUGGAGCUGCAUCACCGUAUAGCUGCUAGGCUUCUCCAACGCAAUGGAAACAAAUAAUUUGACAAUCAAUAAACGUAUAAGCAGGUAGAUGAUGCCAAGAAGAACCUUGGCGUAUUAACAGGAGGAAUAGAAUUCCUUGCAGAUUUACCGAUUCUUUGUGGAAUUCCACCCUGUACAGACUCUGUAUAUAAUUGAAUAACUUGUGUCAAUCGGAGAUCUUGGGGGGAAGCCAGAAA